CCUCUGUUGAAUCAUGACCUACUGUCCUACCACGAGCGGUUCCUCUCCUUCAGGGACGACUUUACUGCGCUGUGCGGCGCGCGACAUCGACGGGCGUCACAAAUGUUUGGUCUCGCCGACGCACUGUAUUCCUUCUAUUAUUAUAACUGGUUCUUCGACCUACAGUUUGUAGGUGACAUCGAGAGUUUAGAUGAGGAGUGGCAGAGGGAGGACAGAAGCAACGCCAUGCUCUCCGUGGACACUGAAUGCGUGCAGCUGUUGGCGAACGCCCUCGACCACCCCACGUGUCCGCUGGAAGACCUGCCACCGGAAACCAAAAACCUGCGCGAGCGGUGCCGCGAGCAGCUGUGGGACGACAUGGUGCAGAGGUCGCCCCACAUACCCGUCACCAGCUACCUGGCCUACACGCAGAGGAUAAACGUCAACCUCUGCCUGCUGGCCUGGAUGACAGCCAACUCGUUCAGCGUUUGUCAGGACGUCCCGUUUAGUAUGCUACAAUCCGUACAUGAUGCUCGCUGCUAUUUCGACAGCCCUGACGAUCAGUCCUGCCUGCAGUCGAACGCUACAGACGCCAUCUGCUCUGUUUCCAGAGCAAUCCUGUUGCUGAUGUGUGGCGAUUUUUCUUUCCAUAAGUCUUUCGAUUUAUGCGGUGUCAGUUUCUACACAAACGGAUCGCACUUCACGACGUACAAUUUAACGUGGGAAAGAGAGUUCUACAAAGGGUAUGUGAGGCCAACAGAAAGGGCUCUUAAGUACAAAGACAGCUUGAACAGUGCCACCUUGAAAUACAAAGAUUUCAAAAUCGACAGCUUAAAACCUUUAGAAAUGUCAUUUAUAGCCAUAAAUAUUAUUUUCCGCUUUUUGACCACUGUUGUAUACAUGUACCUGCCCCAGUUACGUAAUGUCCCCGGAAAGAUAUUCUUGUCCAUUCAGAUCACGGGUAUAACGCAGAUCUUGUGUUCUGAGGUCAUUUAUCGUAUGACAGGUGUCCCCGACCUAUCUACGAUGGUCCACAUCGACAGUGCCCUCACACUUCUAAGAUGUAUCUGGCUAAACUUAUUCUGCUACCAAAUGUACGCGUGUGUCCGUCAUCUUAGGCUCCCUGACGACCUGCCACCUGCUGAAGCCAGAAGGGUAUUCCGUCGUCAAGCGCUUUAUGCACUGAUACCCUGGAGUGUGGUAUGCACAGCAACUAUUGCUUUCGAAAAGACGAGCAAAUAUUACCUGAUGCACAGUCGGAUAAUAUUCCUUGCGGCGAUUUCUCUAUCGAUAACUUUCAAUUUGGUUUGUCUUGGGUCGGUGGGAUACAUGUACUUACGUGCUCGGAACUCCAUGCGGCAACUCAAAAUUUUUAGUAAAGAUAAAUUUGCCUCUAAGAAACAAUAUGUUUUUAUGUCAGUUAAGGCUGUUAUUUUGAGCGGGAUAGGUAUAAUUAUUAGAAUUGGGUUCCACCAGGCACAAGGCAUAGCGCAGUUUGUGUACUACGUACACAUAGUUACGAUGGUGCAGGGACCACUGCAGUUCGUUUUCUUCAUUUGUAAUGGAACGACGCUGCCUCUGCUCAGGAACAGAGUGCUGUCGUGGUGGAAUCCGGAUAUCAUCCACCCAGGACAGGAGCUCUGUUCAACAGCUGAGAGGAAUCUGGAAAGGAGGAGAAAUGAACGGUCUCUCUUUGCGCAAUCCUCGUUGUAAGUUACAUGGGUAUUGUGUCCAAAGGGCUGUCUUGACUGUAGACAGGACUAAGGCCAGUGACCAGUCAUAAUGAUUGAAUCUAGCUGAUAAGAUAAAAUUAACUCCGACUGCUAACGCAAAACCAGUGUCGUAUUUUUCUCAUUUGUUCUUAAUUAAUUAUAAAUGCCUAUUUCUACAUGUCUGUGUUUGUCUAGUUAAUUUUAUGAAUUGACAUUAAGUAACUGCUAUUAAAAUGUAAUU